GAACUGGACAGCGCCGGGUUACAGCGGCGUGUUGGUUGUGUGGCCGCCUGGGUCUGUCCCGGCCUGUCCCGCCGCGUCCCUGCACCAGCGGACCCCACAGCACAUCCGGUGCUGACGAUGGCUGCCGAGGAGGAGGAGGAGAAUAUUCUGUACGACCUGCUGGUUCACUGCGAGUGGUUGCAGGAGAGUGAGGCACCGCCUAGAGGCAAUCGAGAACGUGGAUCUGUUAUUGCAAAGACUAUUUCUGCUCCCUUCAAUUUUGCACUUGAGUAUGUUGGAUACAGCUCUUCCACAUCCUUGCUGUCGCCUAGUUUUUUCCAGCUGGUUAGUAAACAGAUCAACUGGCAACUUGUUGUAACCAGUAAUGGAAAAUUGCUUGCUGUUGUUCAAGACCAGUGCAUUGAGAUCAGAUCCACAAAAGAUGAAUUUGGCUGUGUCAUUGGAAAAUGUAUAGUUCCGAAGGAUCCCUACCCUCAAUGGAGACGUGUGACAUGGAGUCAAGAUUGUACAUUGUUGGCUUAUGCUGAAAGCACAGGCACAGUGAGGGUGUUUGACUCGAUGGGGAAUGAACUUUUCAUAAUAUUACCGACUACGAGCUCUGCAGGUGACCUCAGCCAUGCUGUGGCAGGGUUAAUUUUCCUGGAGUCCACUGACUGUAUUCGGUAUUCAGCAGAGCUUCUGGUCGUCAACUAUCGCGGUCAGCUGAAAAGUUAUUUGGUCAGUGUUGGAACCAAUCAAGGUUUUCAAGAAAAACACAGCUUCAGCUUUAACAACCAUUAUUCUCAUGGUGUUAUAACAGUGAUCUAUCAUUCUGGUCACAGGCUGCUGCUGGUUGGAGGCUAUGAAAUCAAAGAAGAAAAAGUUUCAAAAGCCACGAGCUAUGGAAUAACAUCUUGGCGUGUUCUUUCUGCUGCACCAUAUUACAAACAGGUCACCAACUGCGAGGAUGAUGUUGGUGCUUGUCAAAGAUCUUUAUUACGGAUGCUUAAUGUUCGACCCUUCUGGCGACGGCAACCAAAGCUGGAUGGUGUUUUCAAAAUGAGUUUAUCUCCUGACGGAACGCUCCUGGCAGCCAUCCAUCUCUCUGGUCAACUGAGUUCAUGGGAAAUACCUUCUUUGAGGCAUCAAAAAGAAUGGAGACAGGAAUUGCAGGAUGGUUUUGAUGCCAUUAAUCCUGAGUGGUCAAAAUCAGUGGAAAAGAGGAGGAAAAUGAAAGAUAGAUCAUCUUUUUAUCCCCUCAACGAUGUAAACUGGUGGUCGGAUAAUGGAGUCAUUCUGUCUCGCUGUUCUGGUGCUCUAACUGUUUCCUCUGUGAAAACAUUGAAAAACUUGCUUGGCCAGUCUUGUGAAUGGUUUGAACCUUCACCUCAAGUCACUGCAGCACACGACGGGAGCUUCAUGACUUUAGAGUGUGAAGUAAAGCUAGCUCUCAAGAGGCAUCGUAUGGAAAAUAAUUCAUUAGACGAUGAUGGUGAGGAAGACUCUGACUCUGAUGAUGAAUGUUCUGCCAAGGCUCGAUACUUUGGCUAUGUAAAGCAAGGCCUGUAUUACUUGACAGAAAUGGAGCGAUUUGCGCCACCUCGAAAGCGACCACGAACUAUCACCAAAACCUACAGGCUAGUAAGUUUGAGGUCCACAACUCCAGAGGAGCUUUAUCAAAGAAAGAUUGAUAGUGAAGAAUAUGGUGAAGCUUUAGCUCUUGCAGAAGCCUAUGACCUUGACAGUGACCUAGUAUAUCAAAGACAAUGGAGAAAAUCGCCUGUUAAUAUUGCAUCUAUUCAGGACUAUCUGAGUAAAAUUAAAAAACGUUCCUGGGUUCUGCACGAAUGUGUGGAAAGAGUUCCUGAAAAUGUUGAUGCGGCCAGAGAGUUGCUUCAGUAUGGACUAAGAGGCACUGACCUUGAGGCACUUAUUGCCAUUGGGAAAAGAGAAGAUGGAGGCAGAUUCAUUUUGCCUGGAGAUGUGGACAUUGAUGAAAUCCCCUACGAGGAUUACAUGUCAUCAGUUGAAGAGAUGCAGAAAAGGAAGGAGAAAGAGGCUAGAAAGAGGCAGGAGCUGCUACAGAUGGUGGAUUUUUCCAUGCUGACGCUGGAACAGAAGGAGUUUUGCCGUUGUAGAUUGAAGUUGUUGGCCUACUUAAACCGCCUAGCAACAUAUGAGGAAAUCCUUGGAGGGCCUCAUGUUGCAGAGCAAAGAUAUGAUUCGGAAUUCUUCAAAAAGUUUAGGAGUCAGAACAUUGUAUUAUCAGCAAGAACAUAUGCGAGGGAGAGCAAUAUCCAGGCUUUAGAGAUUCUGUUCACUUACCAUGGUACAGAUCUGCUACCUCACCGGCUGGCCAUUCUUUCAAACUUUCCUGAAUCAACAACGCCUCAUGAGUACUGCUUCCUUCUGCCAGAAGCUAGAUUUGUUGAUAAUUGUCGUGACUUGGUGGCAUUGCCUGUGAAUGAACAAAGACAUCAAGAUCCAGAUUGGUGUGAAGAACCAAAUUUAAGAAUGAUGACCGAUUGUAGUCCGCAAGAUGCAGCUGAGUUUCUUUACGAAGAGCAGCCUGACAUGUUGAAAUAUAGAACUGCUAUCCCCUCUAUCGAGACUCUCGCUCAGUGGUAUCAAAAUCGUGCAGAAGAGAUUGAGAGUUACUCUAGGCAGGUGGAUUGUGCCUUAUCUCUAAUACGACUUGGUAAGGAAAGAAAUAUCCCGGGAUUAGAGGCUCUCUGUGAUGAUCUGAUCACUCUGGAAACGCUUGUAUAUGAAGCAGGGGCUGACCCAACUCUUUCAUUGAAGGAGAUGCAACAGAUGAAAGACAUUGAUAAACUGAAACAAUUACUGAUCAAUUCCUCUGAAGAAAUGUAUAUAAAGAACGUGUUCCAAUGGGUGGUUCCCUUCCUGCACCGUUGUGAGAGUAAAAAUACAGGAUUGGCAGAUGAAUUGCUCAAAGAAUAUUUAGUAACAGAAGCACACGAAGACUUAAAAUAUCCCUUGAAGAUAUUUCAGCAAUCUAAGCCUGAUUGUCAGCAGAAAAUUAUUCAUGAUCAACAGCAGUUGAUGGCAGUAGCCCUCAAAUGUCUGUACAAUUGUGACCGAGAUGAUCAGCUAGCUCUUUGUUAUGAUAUACUUGAAUGUUUGCCACAGAGGGGUUUUGGUGAAGACACAGAAGUGACUAAAGCUUUACAUGAUCAAGUUGACUUGUUGGAACAACAUUUAAGUGUGGCUGAGAUUUUGGAAAAGCAUGGUCUGCAGAAACCAAUCUCAUUCGUAAAAAGCACUCAGUCAAAUGCAGAAGAGGCACGUCUGCUUAUGGUGCGCCUCACGAGGCAUGUUGGACGCAAGAACCCACCUGUAAGUGAGACUGAAUGGACAGUCUUGCUGCAAGAUCUGUUGGAAAUGCAAACCACGGUCUACAAGUGCCUGGACGUCGAUGUCUGUUACGAGAUAUUUACCGAGAGUCUACUGUGUUCCAGUCGUUUGGAGAAUAUCCGUUUAGCCGGCCAAUUGAUGCACUGCAGCAAGGUAUCUGUUGACAAGGCUUGUACCGCUGCAGCGUACAGAAGCAAGGUACAGCCCAAAGUCAACUAUGAGAAAAGUGCCAAUCUGGUUCUUGCUGCUGCCAGAGAGUAUUUUGAUUCAUCAGCCACCUUGACUGAUAAAAGCAUGGAUUUAGCCAGAUGCUGCUUACUGCUCAUCUCCGACUGUUCUGCAGUCAUUCAAGAAGAACUGGAUCUGAUCAGCGCUCUCAGUCUGCUGGAGGAAUUCAACGUGAAGAUUUUGCCGAUGCAAGUGCGUUUGUGCUCAGACCGACUCAAGCUCAUAAAAGAGAGUAUUUCUCAGUGCCCAACAGCCUACAAACAGUCCAAAAAACUCCUGGGGCUUGCAGAUUUGCUGAGAGUAGGAGGGCAUAAUAAAGCAGAGCGGAAAGGGCAAGUAUGGGUUCUUCUGGCUGAGCAAGCUCUUGGUUACCAAGAUUUUAAAGUUGCCAGUGUCCAUUGCCAAGAGCUUAUGUCUGCAGGUUACAGUGCUGGUUGGCAUGUGUGCAGCAAACUGGGGGAGUCAGACGGCUAUUCUGAUCUUGCCAUGCGUCAGGAAUUAAUGGCAUUUGCUCGCACAUACUGUCCUCCCAAUGUCAUCCAGUCUCUCAUGGCUGUCAGCAGCUCACUUCAGACACAGAUUUUGUAUCAAGCUGUGAAUUAUCAGAUUCAACCAUCAGAGAGCCAUGAGUCUACAAAUUCUACAGGCCAUGAUCAGCAGAGUGAAACAAAAGCUACAAAUAAUUCAUCGACUGAUCUACUACAACGAACAACUGCUAAAACAAUGGAAGUUCUCAGUAACACUUCCAUGACAACAAAGGCAGUACUACAUGCUGUCAGUGACACACAGUGGUGGAAGAAGUCCCUCAGUUACCUCCGACCUUUACAUGACAUGCCAACAAAGACAACAUUGCAGAAUGAGACUGGUUUAAAUGGAGAUCUGGAAAAGCAAGGCUGCCAUCCUUUCUACAACAUCCUAAUUGAUGAUCCCUUCAUUGAUAAAAACGAGGUCAACUAUGGGUGUUACCAGUACAAUGUUCUGGAGAACUUUGCAGAGGUUUUGCUGAGAGCUGGCAAAUUAUCUGAAACCAAGAGUGAAGGAGAAAAUCUUUUUCCUGCCACAGAAGUUCUUUUACAACUAGCCAGUGAUGCAUUACCAAAGGAUAUGACCCUAGCUCUCGCGUAUCUUCUGGCCUUGCCUCAGAUCGUGGAUGCUAAGAAGUGCUUUGAGAAGCAACCUCAUUCUGCUUUGUCUCUCCAGUUUGCUGGCUACUAUUACGCUUUGCAGAUCUAUGUCCGUUUAAGUCCAUGUUUUAAGGACAAGUGUCGUCCAGUAUACAAGGCCGAUCCCAAAGAGGUGAUCAAAAUGGUCACGGAGCAUGUGACUGAAAAUGCAGACAACAGUUGGUCAGAAGAAUUGCAGACAUUGAUUCAUUGUCUUAAUUAUUACAAUGAAUUAUUAACUGAUUUUAUACAAGCUCAAACACUUCAAGGCCUUGGCAAAGGUGUGGAUGUGCAGCGAUUUGCAACAGAUAGCCAGUAUAAAAGGGAGACUAUUCUUGGCUUAGCAGAAACAUUGGAGGAAAAUGUGUACAGAAUUUCCCUAUCGUUGGCACAGCGUUACAAUAUCCCACUCUGGGAACUUUACAUGACACAUUUGGAAUUCCUUUUCACUGAUAGUGGACUUUCAACUACAGAAAUUCAAAGUCGAGUCCAAACUCUUAAACUUUUCGAUGUAUUGAAAAGCAAUCCAGAAGGAUUUCAUGAGCACAUGACAAAAUAUGUUUAUCCAGGGGUUGAUGGUGUGGACCACAACCGAUUACUUUAUUAUUUUACUCUAAUGGAAUACUGUGGCUGUGCAGUAUUUGUGAAACAAUCCAUCAAACCAGACACUCAUAUGAAGUUGCUGAAAAAACUCAAGGUCAUUACUCCAGACCUUAGUUAUAAGAAGCUGACAGAUGGGAACAUUGAUCCACUGGAAUCAUUAGAACCAGUUCUUACGAGCCACAAUGUCUUAUCAGUUUCCAAACUCGCAUCCAAAAUUCCUGGGAAAGAUGCCACAAUGCUUUCUCCAAAUCUCAUCUAUGCAACAUGGCUUCGCAAACUCUUUUGGAUUGGAGAUUUCCAGCUUAUUAAAACACCACCAGAAACAUCAACUGAAUGGCUGCAUGCAUAUGACACAUGUGCAAAAUACUUCAACAGGCUGACCCCCACCAAUAUUGUUGGAUUUAUAGAUGAUAUUACCUUCUCUGCUAAUGCUGUUAACAAGCUGAAUGUUGAAGCUAGGUUGGAGAUUACUAAAAGAGCGUUGAAAGCAAUCAAGCAGAUCAGUGAGAAACAGCAGAAGGAGGCUUUGGAAAGCAGCAUCCCACCUACAUUUAAUUCCCAAGGCAGCAAUGAAGAGGCUUUGACUCAUCUGCAGCAAUCACUGGCUCAUCUCGAAACGCUCAACCACAGCUUUGUACACUCCCUGAAGGCCAGCAACCAGAGCCUAUUACAAAAAUACUAUCAUUUCUACGACCUUUCAAGAUCCGAAAGCACUAAACUGCAUGACCUGGCAGUUACUAUGGUUCUCGAUGGACAGUCUCUUGAUAUGAUGCAGCAAUUGUUGCUGGUUGCAGUAGAAUCGCAGGAAAUAUCACCAAAAGCUGUCGUACAAGAUGCUGUACUGAGGGUUAUAAAUCAACUCGGCACAAAUGUUCCAUCGGAGAAGGAUCCUCUUCAAGUUCUUGAAGGCAUUGUCAAAUCGGUGCACUCCAGUGUUUUAAAUGGGGAAAACAUCGUAUUUUCAGAUGAUCUCAUAGCUUGGCUGAGACCAUUUUGUGGUGAUGCAGAUUUGCCUGUGAAACCCCGCAUUUAUGUUCUGCAAAUUCUUGAGCAGGCAUUUCACCUUAAUGAUGAGGAUAGCAAGUUACUUGUGCUUUUCAGAACUCAGGCUGUUCUGAAAGCAUGCUGGUCAGAGAGGCAGGUUAACGUAGGUGACAUUGAGAAUGAAGAGAAACGUUUUCAGCUCUUUUUGGAACUGCUUGAAUCCAGUAACACAGGGUCUGAAUUUGAGCAUUUGGUUCUGCUUCUUCAAGCUUGGCCACCCAUGAAUGAAGAAGACACAACAAGUGAAAAGGAUAAUGCUUGGAUCAAGCUUGUUAUUGCCAUGUUGGGAAAGUGUGAUCCUGAUCAAAAAAUUGCCACUGCAAAUGAAAUUCUUGACAUCUGCCGUUCCCUUUAUUCGACGAAGCACAAGCUACCAAUUCAGUAUGUGAAGAAAAUUUGUAUUCUGCUCCUGGAACAAUCCAUACUGCUGCCAGCAUUAAAGCUUGGAAUAGAAACUGAUAACCACGAGCUGCAGAUACUAGCAAUGGAACGGAUAAAAGCAGUUGAUCAGAUUGAUGCUUCCAAUUGUGAUUCAGAACUACUUUCUUUGCUGCUGAACAAGAAACUAAUGGUCGACUGCAUUUCUACUGCUUUCUACCCUCACCUUAUAAGGCACCUCCUGGGCAAUCACAUGGAAGGCCAGUGCAGUGUUGAUGAGGUAGCUGAACAGUUGAAUCAAGCAGGCUACACUGCAGAAGGUGGUUCUCUAUUGAUGUCACAUAGAGCUGUACAUCCAUCCUUAAGUACGUUUAGCGCUGCGUUAACCGUUACAAGGAGGUGGUUAUAGAAGGAUUUUCCAGCAAAAAGUAUAUUUGCUUCUUUCCACAAAAGUGAAGUUGCAAAGAAAGGCUGCACAUGCACUACAUGCCCUACUAAUUUUUAACUGGACACUGGUUGACAUGACUAAUCAUCUUGAAACUAUCUACUGGCACUUGAUUCACAAAAUCAGUGUGAUUGUUUAAGCAGACUUUCAACUGUUCCUUUUAUUUUUGCAAACUAUUUAGAAUUCGGAAACUUCUCAUAAAUAACAAUUACCAAGAACUAAUUGAUGUUGUCGCCAAGUAAUGUGCUGUAGUGCACUUAUGCAGUUGUCACUGUGAAAUAGUGUAUUAAAAUUUUCAAACAAAAUUA